CUCCUCCAGGAAGACUUCCCUGACCACACCAGCACAGCUGACCUGACCCCUUCGGAAUUGGCACGUGUCACUCCAUUGCCUUGGCUCACUCCAGCAGUUUGGUUGCUCAGCUGUCCCACCUCUCCCCACCUCCACUCUUUCUCCUGGGAGGACCAGGCACAUGCUGAGCUGUUCAUGGAGCAGCGACACCUCAAGGAAGCGGGUUUCUGCAUCCAGGAGGCUGCGGGCCUCUUCCCCACCUCGCACUCGGUACUCUACAUGCGGGGCCGGCUAGCCGAGAUGAAGGGCAGUUUGGAGGAGGCCAAGCAGCUGUACAAGGAGGCGCUCACGGUGAACCCCGACGGCGUGCGCAUCAUGCAUAGCCUGGGUCUGAUGCUGAGUCGCCUGGGCCACAAGAGUCUGGCCCAGAAGGUGCUGCGGGACGCCGUGGAGAGGCAGAGCACCUGCCACGAGGCCUGGCAGGGCCUGGGCGAGGUGCUGCAGGCCCAGGGCCACAGCGAGGCUGCCGUCGACUGCUUCCUCACUGCCCUGGAGCUGGAGGCCAGCAGCCCGGUGCUGCCCUUCUCCAUCAUCCCCAGAGAGCUGUGACCUCGCACUGCAGGGGCAGGGUGGGAGGGAGCCGCCCUAGGGGGCCUGGGAGUGGGGGCGGACGCAGGCAGGCAGCAGGGAGGUGUGGGGCCUCAGGGAAAUACAUCUCUAGGGAACGCUUCUGCAGGCUGCAGCCCUAGUUCUCCUCGCCUCCCCGACUCCAGCCCUGCUUUACCUCCAGGGCCCGCUGGGUCUGGGAGCUGCUCAUCUGGAGCUGGGUGGACCAGAUUUGCAUCGAAAGCAAAUCCCUUGCUUCUUGGGACUCAGCCCUGGUGGCGUUUCUGAGUAAGGAAGUGGCUGGGAAGCCACACCAGCGUGGGAGCAUCUCCCCCAGAGUGUCCAUGCAUCAUCUCAAUGUGCAAUGAGGGUCUGAGUCUCCUAGGUACCACUCCCCACUGUCUAGAAGUUCCCAUGUUGUGCCUGCCGCCCUCCACAUCCCCGAUCCUGGAUUUCCCAGUGACUUUGCACUGGUGUUAGCCUGACUUCAGCUCCCUGUUCUCCAACACCACAAAGAUGAACCCCACAAACUGCUCUCUGUCUAGGUCAAGAGGGUUUUCCCCAGUUCCUAACUCAGUGCCUCGGGAGCCAGUCUGCUUGAACCCCAAGUGACUUAAAGUCUUGGUGACCAGACUUGUUCCCUGAGAGCGCGGGUGGGGGAGCCUCACAGCUGAACUUCACCUCUAUCUGUGCCUCUGUGCCCGGGAAGCUCCAGGGCCCUGGUCUCAGCCCCAGUGUCAGGACAGGGUUUUGGAUAACUCUCAGGUCUUGCCCCGGGCAAUCAGGGCUUGAAGAUUCUGCUGGCAGGUGGGAAAAGGAUAGGAUCUCUGGGUCCCUCUCCCAGGUUUGAGCUAUUGGAGGAUGCCCCUCUUUGCCCCAUGAGACCAAUUGGACCCCAUUGCUCUUCCUCUCCGCUGCCAAGUGCCUUUGGGGCCUCUGGUGCCUGGCCAGGGGCACUGAGCACCGGCCCUAACUCCCCUCUCAUUUCUGCCAUGCUCAUCUUUCUGGAACUAUGCGCCAGCCCAAGCGGCCUCCUUAGGCCCGAGGCUGUAGACCCUAGGAUACAAACAUGGCAGCAGAACCUUGCAUCAACCUCAGAUCUUGCAUCAACAUACUCCUUCAGGCCUUAUGUUUCUGGGCAAUGGGUACAAUGCAGGACCCUCUGGGGCUAAUAAUAUGCAGAUGGGCAGUCUCUGGGACUGACCCCAGUACCUCUCACCACCCACAGCCCAUUUCCACUACAGGCCAUUUGGUCCCACCCCCUUGCCUGAGGCCCAGUGGGGACCGUGGUUGGAGAUCAGUGGAGGGGACAGAGCAGAUCCCUGUCAGCAGGGGACCUGGGGCUGGUGGGUGGAUAUCUUCCCUGAUGGUUCCCCUAGCCCUGCUGCAUGAUGCUCUUGGAAUUCUCCCCAAGAAGUUAUUCCACCCCCACCCCCCAGUGGGGGGCCUUAUCAGGGAAUUCCUUUUUAUCUGCACUUUGGGUUUUAGUUUUAAAGCUCCAUCUGGUACGUCUCUCUCAUCUUAAGGUGUGCAGAAAGACUGGAUGAGGGCUGCCUUGGCUCAUCAUUGCCCAGUCUGCUCCUCAGGGAGAAGGGGCUGUUGGAGACCCACCCUCCUCGGCCACACUGGCUCAGCACUGCGCACCCCCGGGUGCCUCCCAGAGAGGGCCUGCCCCCUCCUGGCCUUCCCACAUCGCAAGGGACACUGCAGAUGACACCAGAUCCUUCACCGCUUGGUUGAAGGAUCUCUGCCUCGAUGUGUGUGUGUAUAAAUAGAGAUAUAUGAUAAAGAUCUAUUUUUAUUCUGAAAUUCUGUUAGAAAAAAACUAAACGAGAAAAGCAAAUGCUGUUGAUUUGCGUCGGGGUGCCCAAAGAUUGGUAGUCAGUUAUUUGUAAGAGGACAGGCACCGAACGCGUUCGGCUGGAGGAAGCCUCAGAGGGUUGGGCCAAGUUGUGGCCAGUUUGAAAUAAAGGCCUUGAAUAAAGAGACCCUUGGAAGGAA